GGCUGAUGUCACCAAAGAAUGAUGUCAGAAGGUAUUGACGUAAGAGAGCAGACGUUGAAAAAUGGAAGCUAGAUGAGAAUGAAGAGGAUGACUACUACAUGCAAAUCGAAGUAAAUCAGAAGCCUGGAAAAUAAGACGAAGCUCAGAGUUAUAAAAGUUUGCUUCGUUUUUACAUCGCUCUGUUCAAGAGCCCAAGGGGCUGGUGAUCAGCAAACAACUGCAAUGCCGUUAUUCAGAGAUCAGUGCGAAGAAAGUCGAGCAGCACAACGUCACUUUACUCGGUCAUCGCUGUCAUCGCUAGAUGAUAAUGAAACCAACACAACUUCUGUGUCUCAGCAGAUGUUGCCAAGCUCAUCUACGACGCUCUUUUCGAUGUUCAGCACCAGUGAAAAGCUAUGUAUCUGUGCGAACUGCUGUCAUCACUUGUGUCCAUCAUUCGGCGAUUCUUGUGUUGACUGCAACAAAACUUGUCUAAACACUUGGCCACCAGAGGGCGAUGAUUUAAAUAAGACUAUCCCAGACUCUUUCAUCUUCAAAGAAAAGAGCACCACAGCAGUGAGACUCUUCAUGGACUGCUCUCCCUUUGCCACCUCUGAAGGGUCACAGGUCAUAAUGGUAUCCAGGUGUAAUAAUUCUACUCUUCAAUUGAGUGACCAGCAAAGACAACUUUAUGAAGGUAACGAAACCCUGGUUGUCCUGACUAACUGUGAGCAAGACAAAAGCCACAAAUUCGCUGAUCGCGCCGACGGAAUUCCAGCGGUAUGUUACAGUCCCUCGUUAGACAACGAAAAGUAUCUGCAUCUGUUCAGAUUCUACUCUCUGGAGCAGCUCGCGACCCUCAUCUGCCUCCUCGUCUCCAUCGUCAGCCUGCUCCUGGUGUUGCUAACAUACUCCCUUCUGCCGAAGCUGCGCAACGCUUCCGGCGUCAUCGUCAUGUCCCUCUCCGCCUCCAUGCUGACGUUGCAAGGGUUAGGACUGCUUCUUCAGCUACCCCGAGGGUGGCUGUGUCUGAUCGUCGCAUGGCUCUUGCACUGGAGUCAGCUGGCGACGUUUCUUUGGAACUCGGUCCUGGCAUUCGACCUGACUUUCACCCUCAGAAGCAAGUCAGUCGGACACGCAUCAAACGGGUCAAGAGGUCGUGCUUUGCGGUGUUACAUCAUGUUGUGCUGGCUGCUGCCGCUGCUUGUCGUCGUCUGCCUCGGUGUCAUGGACCACUACGGCGUCUACAACGUGGGCUACGCUACUGGUGGGCAGUGCUACAUAGGGACAUGUAGCGCCAUCUUGUGGUUAAUGAUCGUCCCCAUGUCUGCCACGUUUCUGUUUAAUUUCUCAUGCUAUGUCUUCGCGCUCUCUACCAUCGUGCACACCUCAAAGAUGUUGCGGCACGCCACGAUCUCCAGCCAGGGAGGACCUAACUUGGCAGACAAAAGGAGGCUGCUUGUCUACAUCCGCAUCACGCUGAUCAUGGGCUUGACCUGGGCUUUUUACUUUGCAGCGGUUUUUGUCCCCCUGAUAGAACUUUGGAUCGUCAACAUCGUGCUAAACUCUUCCCAAGGCUUAUAUUUCCUGAUUUCUUUCGUUCUAAAGCGAAGAGUUAGGAUCAUGCUACGAGACCGUUUCUCUAAUCUUCGACUCUGUAAGUCAGGAUAAUAAUGUAUUUUCAGAAUGGAGGCGAACUUUGAAGUAAAGUUUACAAACGAACUCACAGUGGACCACAUAGCGAAGAAACCAUGGACCUGUAUAGGUGGAUUGCUGUCUGUCUGCCAAGACCAACGCUUAGCCUCUUGCGAAAUUCUCCGCUGUUAGUCUCGGCGAGCCUGAACAAGGAAUGUGACGAAACCGGAAGCUUUGUAGUCUCAUGCCUCGUUUUAGUCGUUAACUGGAAAAAAAUCGUCUGCCAGCAGUCCAGUAAUACAAGCGGGUUACCGCUUGCGGCCGCCUGCGAAAAGUAGCUUUAUACAAAACAGAAUAAUGUCCUUAAACAACCGGGCUGCUGGUUGUCGAGGACUCGCAAUAUGUUUUCGUCUGAAGAUGUUUCCACUCGCUCUUGUUAGCGAUACUCCUUCUUCAGCUAGUCCUUUUCUUGCUCUCCCAAACGCUCCUUUUUGAUCGUUAUCUCCAACCCCCAGGUCUUUUCUUCUUGCGUCAUUUUAUGACGAAACCGAGAUGCAUCAGAAUUUCGUCAUACUGGAAUUGUACCUAAUAUAUAUAUAGAUUAUAGAAGCAAACAAACAAAUGAAAUGAAAGGAACAAGGAAGGAAACAAAAAACAAUGGGUCGGGGGCAGAAGGGGACACCUACAUCUACUAAGCGCCACUCCUGUCGCGUGUAGCGACGAAUCCAGCCGCUCCCAGCGCCGAACAAACCAACACGCACACAAAACGAUGCUACAAAUACAUAUUUAUUGAAAACAAAGUAAAAAAAAACAAACUCCUUCCCCCCAAAAAAAAACUAAAAACAAAAACAAACGCCUCACAACCGGACGCCAACCGACCCCACCCACGACUCCAGACAGUUCCGUUCCCGCAACAGAACCGCAGUGACAACCAAGUCCAGGCUUCCUCAACAGUAACAGCCACAACCGUUUCUUCGACGGUAAUCACCACACUAGUCCCCGUUUCUUCGACGGUAAUCACCACACAGUUAAACCUUCCUCCAUGAUACGGUAAUCACCACACAGUUAAACCUUCCUCCAUGAUACGGUAAUCACCACACAGUCAAACCUUCCUCCACGAUGGUACUUUGCUCUCCGUCCCUCUCUAAAAAAAAACGUCACCAAACAAAAUUACGUCAAACCUUAUUGACGCAACAGCUCCCCCUUCCCCCAAGACCAAGACUCAGGCUGAGCAAGCAUGCGACACGCGACAACUCCCUCCCUUCUCCGUUCGUACCCUGAAAUAUCCCCACGGAUAGAUGUUACUCCGUUGUCACAACAGAUUUUCACGCAGAUAAAUGUUACUCGAAUGUUCUCACAACAUAUUCCUCACAGUUCAAUAUGGCUUCUUUCUCACAAUGGAUUUCUUUUCCCGCCCAACCUUGCUCCCUGGUGACCGCUCUCCUUUCCCUUUUUUUUUUUCUUCUUCUUUUCUUUUUUUCUUCUUCUUUUCUUUUUUGAUUGAGAUUUGCUCUAGGGCUGUUUACAACUCAAUCUGAUUCAGUAUUUAUCUGCCAGUUAGUGAUAUACGCCAUAAGUUGCUGUCUGUGUAACACGUAAUCAGCAACGUGCUCAGAAAAUGUAUGUUUUAAUUACAACCUUAAAUUUGUCUGUUAACUGUUAUCAGAGAUUGUUUGGUAACAGUAAGAUAUGCUGAAUUUUUCUUUUUUAUUUUCUUCAAUUGAAACGUGUAUAGAAAGCUUAAUGUCAUUCAAUGCACUUGUCAUACUUGAAACAUUCGUUCUAUACGAAAGAGGAUUGAAACAGAAGUAGAAAAUAUCAGGGUAGGGGUAGGAGUGGGGAGAAAGAGCCAGUGAGAGCUUUUUAGCUUCUACUGUUUGUGUGUUAUCAAUAGUUUAGUGUAUGGCUUUCACAGUAAGUCACAUUAUUUCUUAUUAUGCUAUGAUAUACCUAGUCCGGGUAAGUAAAAAAUUGGGAAAUAUGAUUCAUAAAUACAAGUCAAGGUAAUAGUACAGUGAGCGCUUUACUCAGGGAAGGUUACUGAUUUCGAAUAAACAGACGAACAGAGGAAUAGAAAAUUGCCAGAAAGACGGAAUUGUUAAAAGAAAUAUUUUCUAGCAAUUUGCAUUCACUAAAUGUCCAUAUGUAAUGUCGCGUGGUCGCGACGAAGCCAGUCGAACUUCAACUUAGCGCAGACCAUACACAGA